UAGACGUAAUUUGUUUUGGUAGCGACCUCGAGUGGGCUAAGUGUAUUACCUGGAAUAUAUAUAUUUACAAAGUUGUUGCUUUGUUUGUUUUAGUUUAAUUUAUUAGUGAUGGAUGUUUAAUGUCAUGAAGUCACAACAUAAAAUGGAAUAACAUCCAUUUUAUUGCCCCGUUACACGCACCGGAAGAGUAGGUGGCGGUACGCUCUGGUGUGUAGCACGCCUAUAAAACUAAAGUAGAUGAAGAGGAGUCGAGUACGAAGAACAAGAAGAAGAAGAAGCUACAUAGGACGUUUUUUUUGUUACUUUUACAAGAACAAUUCAACCGUUUUACACAUUGUCUCCCAAACGGCAAAUAUGUCGUCGCCACUAGCAAAGCCUCAGAUUAUUGCGCAUCUUCAGAAGAGUUUGAACUACACUGUUUUUGACACUAAAUGGAUUCCCUGCAGCGCGAAGUUCGUCUGUAUGGGGAACUUUCCUAGAGGAACCGGAGUAAUGCAAAUAUAUGAAGUGGAGCACGGAGAUGCUCAGCUUAUCAAGGAGGUAGAGAAACCUAAACCCAUAAAGUGUGGAACAUUUGGGGCUACCUCUCUUCAACAAAGACACAUUGCAACAGGAGAUUUUGAAGGAAAUCUCAAUAUAUGGAAUCUGGAGAUGCCUGAAGUGCCAGUGUACACUGUUAAGGCCCACAAAGAGAUAGUGAAUAGUAUUGAUGCUGUUGGUGGCCUGGGGAUUGGUGAUGGUGCACCUGAGAUAGUUACUGGAAGCAGAGAUGGAACAGUCAAGGUGUGGGAUCCUAGACAGAAGGAUUCACCUGUAGCCAACAUGGAGCCCAUGGAAGGAGAAACCAAGAGGGACUGCUGGACUGUUGCAUUUGGUCAUGCCUUCAACGAUCAGGACCGCUGUGUGUGUGCUGGAUACGACAACGGGGACAUCAAACUCUUUGACCUGCGCAAUAUGUCUCUACGGUGGGAAACCAACAUUAAAAACGGGGUAUGCUGUGUAGAGUUUGACAGGAAAGACAUCAGCAUGAACAAGCUGGUGGCCACCUCACUGGAGGGAAAAUUCCACGUCUUUGACAUGAGGACCCAACACCCCACCAAGGGCUUCGCCUCUGUUUCCGAAAAGGCUAAUAAGUCAACCAUCUGGCAGGUGAGACAUUUGCCUCAAAACAGAGACAUCUUUAUGACUGCGGGGGGUGCAGGCAACUUACAUCUAUGGAAAUACGAGUAUCCUGCUCAGAGAAGCAAAAAAGGCUCAGAUAACAAGGAUGUGGGCGUAGCCGGCUCUGUCAGCCUCUUACAGACCGCCACUCUGUCCACUCAGCCGAUCGCCAGCCUGGACUGGAGCCCCGACAAGCAGGGCCUGUGUGUGUGUUCGGGCUUUGACCAGUCUGUCCGCGUGCUCAUUGUCACCAAACUCAACGUGGUUUGAUAAAGUAGACCACAACAAAGACUGAUGGGCAAGAUCCGUGCAGCUUAAAUAGAAAUCCGACCAAAUUCUAGAGAUUUGCCAACAGUGUGUGAAUCACUGCCUUAUUUUGAGGCGGAUUUGUCUUUUAUUAAAUACUACAAUGUCCUACUGUGGUAGUGUGUCUCAAAUCGCGCACUUCCGUUUUUUUGAGAUUUGAGACACACUAUGGGUCUCGGCGGUUCUGUCUAGAUUUUGUACAAUCGAUACUUAGCUUUAGACUCAUCUUGCCAGAAAAACAUUUAACCCAAAUGAACUUGGAAAUCCUUGGUUGGAGUUAUGCCGUUUUGUCUCUGUUAAAUGCUGUCCUUGAAAAAUGUGUAGUGCUUGGUUAAGCCCAGCAGGCAAAGUAAAAAAAAAAGACAAAAAAACUGUAGUGCAGA